AUGACGCCUGUCAGCACGUUAUCAGUUGAAAAGGGUGGCCCUCCCCUCUGCGAUGAGGAUCUGAUUUGGGAACAAAAGCGACGAGAAGCUGAUGAGUUAAACGCGAGGAUCGAAGCACUCCGGCAAGCGGGCAUGCCCUCAUCCGAACUUCCAAGCCCAGUCCUACUGCCCAUUCGGCCACUAUCAAAGACCCGGACAGACAAGCCGAAUCUGAACUGCGUUCCGCCUCGUGACUACCCGGUCCCACCACUUCCAUCCUUCCCAACCAAGGCUGGACUAAGACGUCAGGCUUCCAAAAAAUCAUUACAUUCCAUCUCUUCUCAUCAUUCUAAGUCGCCCGCACCACCGCUCUCUCAACCGAAUCAGAACCGAGAUCGGACUGCAAGUGUAAGCGACACGAGUUACUAUUCAGCCCUCAAAGAAGCCGAAGGUGUGAUUUCCAGCCUGCGUAAAUCACACGACGACCUACUAGAGAAAGUGACCCGUUUGGAGAAUCAACUGGACCUCAAAGAGGCCGAGAAUCAAGACCUGACCACUCGUAAUAACCGAUUGGAGACCUACCUUGUCGAUGAACAAAAGGCCAAAGAGAACAUUCAAAGAGAAAACGAGCGAGCGAUGAAUCAAUUAAGAUUGCUCUCACGAAGCCAACCUCCUCAUCCUCUCAACAGAGGGGACCCGCCAAGCCAACUACAUACUCCAGCCGAACCGUCUCAAUCCCUUCAUGGACACAACCAUCUUUCUCCAUCUGGGUCUGGGCCACUAGACCAAAAACUUUCACAAGCGAGGGCGGAACUAUUGAGACGAGAAGAAAAUGCACAGAAACAAUACGCCUACAGAACUGCCUCUCUUACUUCAGAGCUCAGUGGGCAAGUAUCCACGUCAGGACACAGCCAUCCCUCACCUGCGCCCAUGAGCAAAGGAUCCCAACCACAACAUCAUCGCAAUCUCUAUGAACCAACACAGCCUAGUGGAUAUCAAUUCCCGCCCAAUCCACAACAUCUAAGUCACCCCUUCCAUCCAGAAGAAGCAGAACGACUACCAGAAUCCAGAAAACUGGAGCUGAAUGCCUAUCUCACAAAACCGACGACUCAACUAGCUCGGUACCCUUUACUGUUAGAGGUCGUACUCAAAUAUACUCCCGACGAUCAUAUCGAUAAAACCGAGAUUCCGAAGGUCGUCAAGAUGAUUCGGGAACUUCUGGCCAAAGUGAAUAUCGAGACCGGGAAGAGUGAAAACAGAUUCAAUUUAGCUCAACUCGACCAACAACUUGUGUUUAGACAAGGAGAAGCCGUUGAUCUACGGUUACGAGAGGAAGGUCGAGAACUAAUCUACAAGGGACAACUGAAGAAGAGAGGAGGAAGCGGUAGUGAUAGUGCCGAGUUGCAAGUCUAUCUGUUCGAUCAUGCACUGUUGAUGGUCAAACACAAACAUUCAAACAAGACCGACCAAUUGAAGGUCUACUGGAAGCCGAUCCCACUCGAGCUACUAACGGUGACGGGAGUAACAAAUCAAGAAGAUGGAAGUGCGGGCGGGCGAGGACUGAACUCGAACAAGAAAUCAUUGAUGACCCGGAACAGUGGAUCAGAUAAGGGAAAGGGUGUCGGGACGAGUGUUAGCUCGAACGGGGUCGUCGUACCAAUUCAGGCCCAGAAUAAGGCCGGCUUCUCGAUGACUAUCAAUCUACUCGGGCGCAGAGGUUACUCGAUCGUCCUCUGGGCUCCUACACCUCAAUCUAGACAGAAAUGGCUGGAUAAAAUUUACGCCCGUCAGGCUCAGAUUCGCGAACAAAAUACAAUCUUCGAAAUGGUCUCGCUUAAUGAAGGCUUCUUUGUCGGCCCUUGUAAGGUCAACUGCGCAGUACCUUUUGAUAAUGGGGAUCGACUGAUAUUUGGGAAUGAUGUAGGGGUUUACCUUGCGGUCACAUCUGACCCAACACAAGCUCCAGUACAAGUGAUCCAGGUGGAGAAUGUGACCCAGGUGGAUAUCAUAGAGGAACAAGGGAUCCUACUCGUGUUAGCGGACAAAGUAGUGAUGACGUUUUGGAUGGAUGGACUAGAUCCAAAUGACGCAGCGGGAGCGGCCAAGCGGGCUAGAAAAGUCUCCUGGAAUGCUAGCUUCUUCAAGGUCGGAGAUUGUCUUGGCCGCAAACUCGUCUGUGUUGUCAAGGCCGGUAGCGUCUCUAGUACCAUCAAAACUCUCAAGCCUACCGAUAACCUUAAUCAUCAGCUCAACGUUCGCACUAGGACUAAACCCGCCUUCCGGAAAAUCAUUCCUGCUAAUAAUUCGAUGUCCAAUCCCAACGAUCCCAAUAACAACCCCUCCGUCGGCCAACAGAACAAUCCGCCGACCGUUCAGAACGCCCUAGGAGAGAUCGCGGUGGUGAUGAUCACGAUGAUCAUGUUGGCUCCGAGUCGGAUGUUGAAGAAUCAUUUGGAACUGAUGCUCGAAGUGGAGGGGAAGACAAACUUUGGGAAGUUCCUGUCGAAGAUCUUCAAGGCAUUUUACUCGAUCUUGAAGAACGCGUCCUUUCCGUCGAAUUGGUUGAACGUCAACGUGAUUUCUCACAAGGUGAUCUUGAAGUUACUCGAAGUAGUUUCAAAGAUCCUGCAACGGGAGUUCAUCCCCACCACCGCCCACGAGCAUGAUCAAUCGAAGGAGCAGAUGAAUCUGAAACGAGCCGGACAUGUCCGAGAAGAGCCGUCGGGAUCGGAGGAGGAGGAGCGCUUUGACUCAAACCUUUGGUCGGACUUCUUUGUCCUCAACCACGGUCUCCUCUCCUCUAAGCUGCUGAUCAUCGAGGAAUAUCCGCCUCAGAAACGUAGAGUGAUCUGGAAACUUGCUGGCGAUAUUCGCGAUGAAGGAUCCAAGAUCUUUAGAGCCGCUUGGGAAUCUAUCGGCGACUUCUCGAUCACUAUCGGCUCGCAUAAUCCUGCGGAAAAUAAUCCCAAUCAGGAUUCUCAGGAUAAUCCGGAUCUCAAUAAGGAAGAUACCGAUCAACUCACUGAGCCUCAGCACCAAAUCAAUGAAGUCACACGAUGCGGCGGAUAUCAAGUCCAAUUUGUCCCCGGAUUCAUCGAACCUUUGUUGGAACUUUGUCUGUCCCAUCAUGAUGAAUUGAGCAGCAAUGCAGUUAUUGUGCUGUACAGUGUGAUCGUCAGCGAAUUCAAUCUCAACCGGGAUUUUACGGUGAUAGCGGACGAGAUAAUCGACAAGCUAGACAACCUAUUAGGAAGUUCGCCAAACGAGAACCUCUCGAACCAGAUGGACGAGAUGAGUCGGGCAAGCUUUGUGGGUCAGCUGCGGGGGCUCUUCGACCAUUCUCCAAUCAUCGACCGGCAGGAAGAUCCCGGGCAACAGGGCCAGCAGGCCGGGAUCGAACAGGCGCUGAAGACUCGGAUUGAUCUCUUCCUCGACUCGCUCACUCAGUUCUUAGACCUCCUUCUCUCCAUUCAAAACUUGCCCCCUGGCGAUGAGUACUUUCAUGCUGCUCAUGGCAACUUUGUCGAGGCUGGAUUGGCGCUGAGAUUGCAUGCCGAUUUGCACGAAUGGGAUCUCAAUUCAAUCGUUGAUGCAAUGCUGGGAUUGUUGCUCCCUAAACAGACUGUCUUUGCUCCUAAAGAGGCACUGUAUUUUAGGAUUCUGGACUUCUUGUCCAAAGGCAAAGCCUGGGAAAGUGGGAUCCAGAUCUGUAAAGAAUUGCAAGAACAGUACGAGCAUGUGUUGUUUGAUAACGAACGAUUGUCUGAAGUCUUGGCCCACCAAUCUUCCCUGUUUCUCAAGAUCACUACUUUAGUGAAUAUUUUCGAGUGGCUUUCUAUGGUCAAGGGUUCAUACCUAGCGUACAAAAUCGUCAAUUUGUCUAUCGAGGAUACGACAUUUUGUGAUCAAAUGCACAACAAGCAUCCGAAUGCGCAAAUCCUCCAAUCCGACACGAUCUCGACGUAUGAACUGGCGUAUGCCGAAGGCCAGUAUCUACAGAUUACCAGAGUCGUUGCCGAACCUGAUCGGAUUACAGUCGUCUUUAAAAAUCCUGAAGUCUCAAGCUCCGUUGUCAGUUACUAUGAGCAUAACGCUACUAAGACUUUCAGCCAUUCUAAACCGUUCAGUAAGGAUAAUGUUGAUCCUUCGGAUACUUUUCAAGGCGCCUCUACAUGCCUGUGA